AUGGCACACGCCUGGAACAUCUUCCGCAUCGUCGGCGACCUGUCCCACGCCCUCUCCAAGUGCAUCCUCAUCUUCUCCAUCCACCGCAACCGCUCGGCCGAGGGCGUCUCCUUCAUCACCCAGGGCCUCUACGCCCUCGUCUUCUGCACCCGCUACCUCGACAUCUUUGUCGAGAAAUCCCUGUGGAACCUGCUCUUCAAGAUCUCCUACAUAUGCUCCUCGCUCUACACGCUCGGCAUCAUGCAGUGGCUGUACUCCCGCUCGCGGGAGCGCGAGCUGUCGUGGAAGAUGGGCGCCGGCGUCCUGGGGGGCUCCCUCCUGCUGUCGCCCUUUUCCAUGCUCAUCUUCGAGAAGAAGUCGCACUGGAGCUUCAAGGUGUGGAUGUGGGUCUUUUCCGAGAUCCUCGAGUCGGUCUGCGUCCUGCCGCAGCUGCUGCUCCUGCGGCAGACGACGGUGCCGACGGUCAUAGACUCCUUCUACCUCGUCGCCCUCGGCUCCUACCGCGCCCUCUACUGCCUCAACUGGAUCUGGCGCGCGCUCGACCCCACCGACCGGUCGCCCAAGGCCGUGUCCGUCAUCUUCGGCAUCGUCCAGACGGCCCUCUACGUCGACUUUGCCUGGGUGUACUACACCCGCCAGCGGGUCAAGCUCCGCGGCGGCGGCCUCGUCGACGCCGACGACAUCCGUCGCGGGUGGCUCCUGCGCCGCCUCUUCGGCAAGAGGUUCGAGCACGUCGACGAGGACGAGGAGAACUCGCCGGCGCUCGGCAGCCCGGGCCACGACGGUCGACGCAACUCGCGUCCCGGCUGGGGCGUCCGCGGCAUCUCGGUCAGCGCCGACGACGGCGUCCUCGAGCCGCAGAGGCAUCGCCACCCGGCCGAGGACAUUGAUGAGGAGGGCGAGGCCGAUGCCAAGAUGCACGACCCGGACGAGCUGGCGAGGGCGCUCGUCGACGACUCCGACUCGGACGCCGACCCCCCUACGUCGUCGUCGCAGAACAAGACGAACGGCAAGAGAAAUUCCUUGCUAGCCGACAAGCGGAACGGAUGGCAGGAUUGA